GGGGGAGGUAAGUCUUCGAACAGCAGUUGGAACAACACGUAGACCUCUAGAACUGCUCAAGGCAGCCCUGAAAGCUGUCCGGAGGAUGCUGGUCAAGUGGUUCUUAGGCGGAUUUCAGUUCAGGUGCACUCCGGUAGCGCCUCCAACCCUGGGACUUGGCCUAGCGCCGCCACUGACACCCUCACAAGCACUGAUGAUGCACGCCUAGGGAUCCUAGCCACCCGAGCCACCCUAGCCCAUCUCCAAGCACCACGGCCUGCAAUCCAAUACCCUCCUUGUCGGGGCGCCCAUGACGUGCCCCGUCCGCAGAUAUUUUUUCAUACAACCAGAGAAAAGCAACAACCAUACCUUUGACGAGGCUGAAUAUUUGCGCCUUUCUCAGCCGGCAUUCACGGAACAAACGACCUUUCAAUAAACUGUGCAGCAGCAUGUCUAAGAAGAGGAAGCACGAUCAGGUCGAAUCUGACGCCGGCGCUGGAAAUUCUCAAAAUUCUUCGGCAGGCGCACCAGCCCAGGCAGUCGACUCUACGCAGCCACCAAAAUCGAAAGGAAAGUCACGGCAAGAGAGGUCAGAGAGGAGAUCCAAGAAGCAGAAAAGGUCAAAAGCAGAGCCUUCGCAGACGACGAACGACCUGGACGAUAUUUCAACCGCGCAAAACGAGGCCGGGACAGUAACAACAGAUGAGCGAGCAAAGCAACAAGACACUGCUGCUGUCGAAGAAGAGGCAAUCGAACACAAACCCAAAAAGGCGCAGAAGACAAGCGAACAGAAAGAGUCCAAGACACCAUCGAGAUUCAUUGUCUUCGUGGGCAAUCUACCCUUCGAUGCUACAGCUGCUCAAGUCAAGCAGCACUUCUCCAAACUUGCGCCGACCAGUGUUCGAAUGUCGACGGACAAAGCUACUGGACGAGGGAAAGGUUUUGCCUUCCUGGAGUUUGAUGUCUACGAUAAAAUGAAGACGUGCCUGAAAUUGUAUCACCAUUCCAUCUUUGAUCCUCACCACAAAGACGGUGCCGAGGCGCCGGAUGACAAGAGAAAGGGGAGGAGAAUCAAUGUUGAGUUGACAGCUGGUGGCGGAGGAGGGAAGAGCAAGGAUCGCAAGGCUAAGAUCAUCACCAAAAACAAGAAGCUGGAAGAGGAAAGAGAGAGGCAGAGAAUCAAAGACAAAGCUGAUAAAGAGAAAGCUGCUCGCAAGAGCAGGGGAGCUCCUGGCACAGGUGCAAAUGCCGAGUCGGGCGAGGCACCUCAGGACAACCGGGGUGUAGUCCAUCCCAGCCGACUUUCUCGUGUCCAGCACUGAUUGAUGGUUGUGCUCCGCUGGCAUUGGCGCAUGAGCAUUUACAUGGAAUGAAAUUUCUGAAGCACAUGUUUUGAUCACACAAG